UUUUUCUUAAUCUGAACUCCGUCGGCUCAAUUACUAAGAAUCAUAUACUUAGAUCCUGAUUACAUUAUGGAUACAUCAACUCUAAUUUUCAUCGGGACCUUGUUGGUCGCAUUUGUGGUGAUGAGAUGGCUCAUUUCUCCAGUUCCACAAGCCAUUGAAUCGGAUCUUCCUGGUGUUGCCACCACUGGAUCUAGAUCUACGCGAACCCCAACUUCUAGAUCUCCUAGACCAAUAUCCGACUCAAUGAUAGAAGUAGUUCAAAGUAUUGGCCCACAGCUCAGCGUAGGACAGAUCAGAAUGGAUUUGGAACGUUCUGGAUCCGUGGAAGCUACCAUAGAAAGAUUCAUGGAAACUGGAGGAUUGCCAUUUCCUCCAGGUGAAAGUGCUCAACAACAACAACAACAACAAGCAAGAACAAAUUCGUCAAAUUCUAAUGGUGGUUCCAAGAUUGAAUCUGAAAACUUGAUUGAAAAAUUUGGCUUAUCUGAUAAAGUAAAACAAAAUGCUGACAAUAACGAGGAAGAAGAAGAAGAAGUAUCAAACAAAUGGGGGUCAAAUAAACAGGAGAGAUCUUCCAAUUUGGCUAAGAGAAGAGAAGAAAUGAUCUUAAAGGCUAGAAAGAGAUUGGAAUCUCAAUUGAAGAAUGAAGUGAAUUUAUAGCGACGAAUAAAUAGAUACAUAUAUAAAUAUAUACACAUGAUAA